AUGCGACCCAAAUUCACUCCAAACUCACGUGUAAAUGUGACACCAUUUUCUCCCAGCAAAACCAUAUUCAUCCAACGGUCCAAAUUCCGCCACGUUUCAUCCCUAAUUCCAUCCACACCGUACAUGACGGAUGCCUGGGUCACCAACUCCGAUAACAAACAAAAGCACGUCCACCGUCCGAUAACCAGUUGCCGUACAAUCCACGGCCCAAAAACUGCCCGACAUUAUCACGGGCAGAUCUCAUCGUCUUUAAGAAGGAUAAAUUUUCUCCGGCGGUCAUCGGAGUUUUUGUUAGAUUCCGGUGAAUUACGUCUUCAAUUUCAUGUUUUCUCUUUCAUCCGAUCGAUUUUUCCGGAGAUUUGCCGGAGUUCAACCACGCCGCUGCAAUUCAUGGCCGCCGUUUUAGCUAGCGGGAAUGAAUCGAGCUGGGGCCAAUCUAGUGCUGUUGGAUUAAUGGCGAAACUCCCUUACUCCAAUCCUCACUUAAAAAACCCGAAACCUAACCCUAACCCUAAGAAUAAACACAAAUUCAACACAGCUAACGGCCAACACGCCGACGAUUCUACGGUCGUUACUCAGACCACCUCUGAUGAUGCCUAUUCGUUCAACCAGAGAUCGGUUGAGGGUACUAGCCGGAAUGGUUUCAAUCACGGUGGAUACAUUAGCUUCAACUUAGCUUCGUGUUCGAACAGCGAGUUGAGCGAACUCAAGCAGCGUUUGGUGGCGGAGUUGGAACGGAUCCGAAACUUGAAUAAUCAAAUCGAUUCCGGACAACUCCAACCCAGAUCUCAUGGUAAAAUAAAGAAAUUAUCUGGAAGCAAGCGACCGUUUCCUUGUGGUUCUAAAAAAGAUUUGAAGGGAUUGUGCCAAACAUCGGAAUUUGAGAAUGGUCAUAUGAGUGGAAAUGGGAAAGAGGGUUUGAUGAAGAUGUGUAGGCAAGUGUUGACGAAGUUGAUGAAGCACAAAUUUGGUUGGGUUUUUAAUAAACCGGUGGAUGCUGUGGCCUUGGGGCUUCAUGAUUACCAUCGGAUAAUUAAGCAGCCGAUGGAUCUUGGCACAGUGAAAGGGAAUUUGGCGAAAGGUUUGUUUGUUUCGCCUGUUGAUUUUGCUGCUGAUGUGAGAUUGACAUUUAAUAAUGCCUUGUUGUAUAAUCCGAAGACCGAUGAAGUUAACGGCAUGGCCGAGCAGCUACUUGGUAUAUUCGAGGAUAUGUUUAGACCCAUACAAGAGAAGAUUGGUGGUGAUCGGAAAGAAGAGGAUCGUGGCUUUGUUGGUGAUGAGUUGCAAGGUAGUUCUUGGAGUCAAAUUCCAACCCCAGAAAGAGUAAAGAAAUCGGAAACGAGCCCCAAACCCCCAAUUUCAAAUAAAAAAGACCAAAUGCAAAGUGGGUCAAGUGCCUCAAACCCGUCAAAUUCUCCAUUGAACCCAGCUCCGGUGCAAUCACCCGUGCCCUCUCCAUCCUCCAUGCCAGCGCCUCCUGGGAAACCGGUGGCUGUGAGAGGAUCUUCCACAAAGCAGCCGAAGCCAAAGGCUAAGGAUCCCAAUAAGAGAGAGAUGAGUAUGGAGGAGAAGCAAAAGCUUGGAAUUGGGUUGCAGAGUUUGCCUCAAGAAAAGAUGCCUCAAUUGGUGCAGAUUAUAGGGAAGAGGAAUGAGCAUUUGGCUCAAGAGGGUGAUGAAAUUGAGCUUGACAUUGAGGCUCUUGAUACAGAGACCCUUUGGGAGCUUGAUCGGUUUGUGACUAAUUGGAAGAAGAUGGCGAGCAAGACAAAGAGGCAAGCACUAAUGUCAAACAAUUCAGCUGGAGCGGGAACCAUAACCACAACUUCUGCUGAAGCUGAUAGGGGUCCUAUGAGAGAGAGAACUGAUUUGACAAAGAAGCCAAAGAAAGGAGAAGCUGGGGAUGAAGAUGUGGACAUUGACGACGAUAUGCCUGCAACCAACUUCCCAUCGGUGGAGAUUGAGAAGGAUGAAGGUGGUUAUGAUCAAAAUCAUGGUCAUGCUAAUAGUAGUUCUAGCGGUUCCAGUGGCUCAAGCAGUGACUCAUCCUCUUCAAGUGAUUCUGGUUCAGGGAGUUCUUCUGGGAGCGAUUCAGAUGCUGAUGAUGCACAGUCUUGA